AUGCCUUCCUGUAAUAGUCAGCAAUUCACUGUAGGACACCCACCUGAUAGUGAUAUAAAUGCCCGGGAUUCACUGUUUGUGAUAGACCCACCUGAUAGUGAUAUCAAUGCCCGGGAUUCACUGUUUGUGAUAGACCCACCUGAUAGUGAUAUAAAUGCCCGGGAUUCACUGUUUGUGAUAGACCCACCUGAUAGUGAUAUAAAUGCCCGGGAUUCACUGUUUGUGAUAGACCCACCUGAUAGUGAUAUAAAUGCCCGGGAUUCACUGUUUGUGAUAGACCCACCUGAUAGUGAUAUAAAUGCCCGGGAUUCACUGUUUGUGAUAGACCCACCUGAUAGUGAUAUAAAUGCCCGGGAUUCACUGUUUGUGAUAGACCCACCUGAUAGUGAUAUAAAUGCCCGGGAUUCACUGUUUGUGAUAGACCCACCUGAUAGUGAUAUAAAUGCCCGGGAUUCACUGUUUGUGAUAGACCCACCUGAUAGUGAUAUAAAUGCCCGGGAUUCACUGUUUGUGAUAGACCCACCUGAUAGUGAUAUAAAUGCCCGGGAUUCACUGUUUGUGAUAGACCCACCUGAUAGUGAUAUAAAUGCCCGGGAUUCACUGUUUGUGAUAGACCCACCUGAUAGUGAUAUAAAUGCCCGGGAUUCACUGUUUGUGAUAGACCCACCUGAUAGUGAUAUAAAUGCCCGGGAUUCACUGUUUGUGAUAGACCCACCUGAUAGUGAUAUAAAUGCCCGGGAUUCACUGUUUGUGAUAGACCCACCUGAUUUAGCAUUUGUAACAAAAAUAGCCUAUGACUACUUAAAAAAGACUAUUUAUUUUAAUCUGUCCAUACAUCUUUAGUGCAUUUUUGUUUCCUGAGUUGCUUGCGGUAACCGAGCUUAUUGAGUAAUGAACUUUUUUUUUCAUGAAAAAAGAUCAUGUCAAGUAUUACAUAAGUUUAAUACUUAAUUGCGUUUUUUUUUGUUAUUCAGACAGCUGUUGUUGCGUGUUGAUAUGAACAAAAUCGACAAAUAAUGGAGUGUGAAGUGUCCAAUGUUGCAUAGAGUAAAAUAACAUUACAAUUGCAAUCAUAUUACGGCGUUAAAGUUGUCGCAAUUAUAUCUGUCAAGGUGUAGUUAUCGAUUCACUGAAUUGUGAUAUGCAUUUACAACAAUUUCGAUCAAGAUACAUUACUUAUAAUAAUCUUGGCUUGCGUAAACGGUAUUUAAACGAGUGUGCAUGCAUUUCAUUAAGAAAUAAACCGAUCUGUCCUAUGUAUUUGGUGUUAAGCCGUAAAAAUAUACGAGCGAAAACAAAAUCGAUUGGCUUAAAAUGUUUAAUAAUCUCUGCUAAUCUCUAAUAAAAUAC